ACCGCUUGGGGGCAGUGUUCUCUGUAGUGUUAAUGGCUGAAAACUGCAAGAUGGAAAAACAAUCUAUGAACAAACGCUUGGUUAAGGAGAUGGACGAUCUGCAGAAGAAAUUCCCUGACUGUGUUAGACAAGUGACAGUUAAUGAACAGAACAUUAAUGAGUGGUUUGCCCUGUUGUGUCCGGAUGAACCUCCAUAUAGCAAGGGAGCCUUCAAGAUCGUCAUCAAUUUCCCUGCAGAGUACCCAUUCAAGCCACCCAAGUUGACUUUUAAAACCAAAAUCUACCAUCCCAAUGUAGAUGAAAAGGGUCAGGUGUGUUUACCUAUAAUCAGCCCAGAGAACUGGAAGCCAGCUACAAAGACUGAACAAGUGUUAAAAUCCUUGGUGAAGAUGGUCCAGGAACCAGAACCAGAGCACCCACUGAGGGCUGAUAUAGCAGAGGAGUUUACGCUCAACAAGAAAGUCUUUCAAAAGAAUGCAGAAGACUUCACCAAGAAAUACGCAGAAAAACGGCCAUCAGAUUAAACGUAGUGCUCCUAAGACAUGUUUAAUAUCAUCAUUGAGGCUGCUCAUGUGCUGAUGUUAUGCUCUUGACUGUGUUAAUUCGGCCUUAGGAGACAAUCAUUGCAAAAUGCCUUGUUAAUAUUCCUUUGUUUGUUAAUUGUGCUCUUGUUAAGAAAAUAAGAAUUUCUUUGUGACAUUGUCACUUGAGUUAUCAGAUUGAGCUUAAUGCCAAGGUGUGGAGUUUUAAGAUGAUACUUAUGGCUUUAAUUUCGAAGAACAUUUGUGUAUGCUUGAGUGCAUGGAGGAUAUAAGAUUAGAAAUGUGAGACAGGCCUCGAUUUAUUUUGAAAUAAGGAUGAUAUACUACUCAAUUGCAUUAAGGACCAUUCAUUUCUUUCAUAUUUGUUUUGAGAUUAUCUGUCAUUACAUGGCAAAUGAACUACAGCAAUAUGCAAUAAAUGCUUUGGUCAUUCCCUUUUCCACUGUUGCAUAUAUAAAGGAACACUUUUCAGAGUUGUGUAUUGUAUAUUAAAAACUUGCUUCUUAUAUAUCACCUGUAUAAGUUUUAACGCUUUGAUUACAUCCAUGCUUGAUAUCUUGCUUUUGUCUGUUUCCUGUUCCCAUGAAAACAAUUGCAGAUUUAUUCCCUUUUGGUAAAUGGAUAAUGGUAAUAUUUCCAGUUCAUAAUAGUCCCUCGUCUCACUGUUAAUGUCUUGAUUUUAGGAAUGGCUUUGUGUUCUGUGGGGUGAAAUAUGUACAUGGCUUUCCUUUUUAGGUGACAAAUGUUUGUUCAUACCAGCUGAAUUACAUCAGUGCAACAUAUCUCAAUAGUCGAUCAAUAAUCUGUGAGCAAUAUGUCCAGUUUAGAAAGAGAUCCUGCUGAUGGGGUGACCAAUGAUAGCUUCACGCGUCCCUUUUGUGAAAAGACAUCAUUCACAUGCGCCGUUCAUUUACUGCUUGGUUUUGCUUAUUGCUCGUCUGGGGCUCUUCAGUUUACCUUAAUGUUACCACAACUUGCAUUCUGUCCAAACUCCUUGACAGACAUGACCAUGCAGAGAGUAGCAGCAUUACUCUUUCAACACUGUCACAAAAUCACAGACAUUUAUUCCAAGGUUUAUUGGGAUGGUGGUGUAACCUAUUGGUGUUUGCUCAUCACAUCAAGGUCCAGGUUCAAUCCAGCACAUGGCUACUCCCCCGGGAGUUGAUAUUGAUAACACGAUGUGCCGUUCAGAUUGACAUCCAAUGAUCGAGGGGAAAAAAUACCAGCGCCUUGAGCAAGCACUAGUUGCCUGGAUAUGUGCGCUAUAUAAAUAUCGUAUAAUAAUAAUAAUAAUAAUACAAUAUUUGAAGCCAAUUCCUGGUGUCCACUACUAUGAUGUUGCUGGAAUAUUGUCGAAAGUGGUAUAAAACCAUUGCCCAGCGCUAAUGGUAUAUUCCGAGCUGAAAAUUAUGCUCAAAAGACAUUAAAGAGCACCUUGUUCUUUCAUUUUGUUAUGGAUAUUCUCGAAUGGAAUGACAGUUUAACUAUAGUAGCCUGAAAGAACAAGAUAUCUUUUGACUUCUUUUGAUUUGUAUAUAUGGCCUACCCAUUCUUUGCAAACACCAUCCCUCUUUACGAACCAGCUCCCAGAAACAUUACAUCAGUGCAGUACACCCUAAACUCACACACACACGAUAACACACUCACACACACACACACACACACACACACACAUGCAUGUAUGUACACACACUAGCACUACCAAGUUUGAAAUUGACCACAGUAGCCAUUAGUCCCAGUCUCCUCAGUGCAUUGUACAUCCGUGAGCAGUGACAGUGGUACCCAGCAGCCAGGGGAUUACACUGCACUGUACAGAUACCAAUCAAAAGGAUUGUGUAUUUAAAGGUCAUGGCAAAUAAAGAUGAAACCAGUGACA